AUGGGAGUGUUGGGGGCGAGGGUUCCCACAAUUGUGCCGUCGAAGAUCGGCGGAGGCGGGGGCGUCCAUCGGGAGCUCACCAUCACGUGGAAGUCGGUGGAGCAGGAGUACCGCUUUGGCGAUAGGUUCACCUACAACAUCAGGUUCCGGCCGCUCGACAGCGCGGACAAGGUGUGGACCACGGUGGUGAUCGGCGACGCCGACGCGUCGCGCUUCGUCUACAAGAACGCGAGCCUGGAGCCGUACGUGCCCUUCGAGAUCCAGAUGCAGGCGAGCAACGUCCACGGCGGGGGCCCCUACAGCCAGGUGGUCGUGGUGCACUCCGCCGAGGACGAGCCGGACGUGGCUCCGCGCAGGGCAAGGGCGUUCCCCAUCGCUCGCACGGCCUGCGCCGUCAAUUACACGGAAUUCAAAGUCACCUGGGAGCCCAUUCUGCCCAACGCCACCAGCCGGCGAAUCGUGGGAUACGAGAUACGCUACUGGAAAUCCACGGACAACCAAGCGGCAGCAGAGAGAGUUCAGACCGAGGUCACCAACAGCGUCAUCAUCAGAGGCCUCGUGCAGAAGACGCUGUACCACGUGGAUGUGCGCGGCUACAACACGGGCGGCGUGGGGCCCCCGAGCCCCGUCGCCAGCGUCCACACGAAUAAGAACGCUUCAAGCCAGAUCCCUGAGGUCAGAUACACGUUGAAGGACGACAUCGUGACCAUUGCCUGGAACCCGAUCCACCCUCUGGACGAGUCAGCGGUCAUCAAAUACCAGGUGCGCUACCACCUGAAGGACCGCCCCAAGGGCAAGGUGUACAAGGUGAACACCACCGAGACGAUGCUGAAGGUGCGGCUGUUCGCGAAGGACGACUACCUGGUGUCCGUGCAGGCUCUCAGCGCCUCCGGGGAGGGACCCUGCACCGAGCUUUACAUCCACCAACCAGACAACAACCUUGCGGACGAGGAGGCAGUGGCGACGGGUCAGAUGGAAGGGAGUGGGAUGGGGGGAGGGGCGAGCGAUGGACGCGCCGUCUGGACUGCGCUGUGGCUGUGCGGACUGAUGCAGGUUCUUCUGUGCACCUGGAGCGGAGGAGGCCUCUAAGCAGCUCCACCCAGGAGGCCGUGGCACACAAAAGGAGCCACAUCUACCAGCACCCCCCUAUCACAACUUGCACCGCGCUCAAUGGACUCUUAACCCACAUUAAAAGCACUCAUUGCCAUCGGCGGUUCUACAUGAAGUAUACAGUGUGUACGAUUCAUUGAUAGUGUAACGUUUUGAGUUUGCUGAUAUUUUGCAUAUUAGUCCCAUUUCAGAUGUUUCAUUUGCCAGUGCCACCGGAGAUGGCAAAACCUAGUUGUGCUUUUUUGAAAAGGUCUGUGCCACAGGCGAUGAUAUUUGGAUGUGAAAUCUACCGGGAGGGCAUCGCGUGUGGUGAACCCACUUUGGCCAGUGGAGUCAAUCCGUCUGGAGUGGUUUGAACUUGCGCGCCAACUCGCGGACAGUUAAGGCCACUGGGGGUGUAUGAGCGCUUGCAUCAGCGUGACAUCGGAGUGAGCGCGCCAAGUCAGCUGGCUGGGUAGGCGAAGGGUUUUGGUGCUCGCCGCCCGCUGGCUAGGCCUCGGCAAGGUAAGGUAAACGGUAAAAACAACGAGCCUACCUUUACCCUACCUUUUAUCCCUACCCCAUACAAAUUACCCGAUUACAGGGUAAUUACUGGGGUACUACUACACAUGAACAAGGUUUGUAACAGGUAAAUGCUAGGUCGAGCGCUUUAUUCAUAUAGAAUACUCUCGAUGAUUCCAAUUUAAAAUGGAGGCCACGGACUGCGCCAUGAAGCUUUUAGCGAGCGGUAAACAAAGUAUUUACCGGGUAAUUCUUCCACGCUACCUUUACCCUACCCUUUACCUUACCCCUUGGCAUGUCGACACCUUUACCCUUUUACCCGGUAAAAAGGGUAAAUGACCUUACCUUGCCGAGGCCUACCGCUGGGUGACGCCGCUGGGGAUUUUUCUGACGCCUGGGACGUCACUUGAAGUGCAGGUGAAUGUGUUCUAAGUGAGAUAGCGCAUGUUUUAAGUUUACAUUAUAUCCAACAAUUAUAAUAUAGAUAACGUAACCUUUUUGUAUCUCCACAUGACAUUUGUUGAGCCCGAUUGGCCUGCCAGUCUUCUAGACAUGAAGCAGCAUGGUUUGAACAAAUACACGACCAGCCUAGACGAGUGGGCUCUUGGUGGAGCAUCACGUUGGCAGCUCUGGGUUGCGAUAUCCCCGUCUCGGUGUUAAUCUGGGCAAUUUGGUCGUGUACGCCUCCUCUCCCCGGAACGGUCACGUUUAGUUUUGGGGCUGGCUGCCCCAAUUGGAGUCGCUCGCUUUCGGGGCUAACGAGUGCAACCUGCCCCGCUAUUUAACCCAUAACUCGGUCGUCAUUGCCAAUGCUCUCCCUGGGGGGGACGCUGUCCCUGGGGGGGGG